AUGGCGCGCAACUCGAAGAGCAGUGAUUUUGCUGCUUUGGAUGCCUUGGAGCUAUUAGAUUUGAGUUACAAUGAAUUAACUGGAAUUGUACCUCCUUCUAUAGGAGCAUUAUCUUCUCUCAAAUCGUUAGUUUUGGAGGGAAAUAAACUUAAUGGCUCUUUACCAACUCAAGGUUUAUGUGAACUCAGGAAACUUGAAGAGUUAAAUCUUAGGUGGAAUAAUUUUGAAGGAACCCUGCCUUCUUGCCUAUACAAUUUGACAUCUCUUCAAGUGUUAGAUCUCUACGAGAAUUCUUUCAGAGGAAACAUUUCAUCUCAUUUGAUAGCUGGCCUCACAUCCCUUAAGCAGAUUGAUCUCAGUUAUAACCUUUUUGAUGGUUUCUCAUUCAGCUCAUUUGCUAAUCUUUCUAAGCUUGAACUCGUUCAAUUUAAGUGUGAUGAGAAGAUGGUCAAUAUAGAAACAGAAACUUCAGACUGGGUACCUUUAUUUCAGUUGGAAUUCCUUGUGAUAUCUAAUUGUAGUCUCAACAAGCUCUCCAAUCAAAUUCCAACAUUUCUCUUUCACCAGCAUAGCUUGAGAGUACUUGAUCUCUCUUACAGUAUGUUAAAAGGACAGUUCCCUGGUUGGUUGGUUGGAAACAAUACAAGGCUGGAAUAUGUCAGUCUUCAUGAUAACUCUCUCUCGGGUAAUUUUCAUUUGCCGCUGUGUCUCAACUUUACUUAUUGCAUGGAUGUGUCAAACAAUCAGCUCAAUGGGCAGCUUCAAGGAAAUAUAGGGAAUAUGCUACCAAAUAUAUUGAGUCUAAAGUUAUCCAAUAAUACUCUCAGUGGUUCCCUCCCAUCCUCAAUUGGCAAUAUGAGUCUUUUGAGCACAUUCAGUGUUUCCUUCAACAACUUCUUCGGAGAAGUACCAAAAAAGUUAUUAGCAGGUUGCUCCGAGCUAAUGAUCAUGGAUUUAUCUAAUAAUAAUUUCGAUGGCCAUUUAUUGUCAAGUGAUUUUAACUUGACUAUGUUAGAGGCUUUGAUAAUAAAUGACAAUUCGUUCUCAGGAACUAUGUCAAAUGAAUUUUCCCCAAAAACUUUUGAUUCUUUCUUCUUGGAUGUUAGCAAUAACAACAUGUCAGGUAAGAUUCCUACUUGGAUAUGCAAUCAAACACGUUUUUCUACUCUCUUUUUGGGAAAUAAUUAUUUUGAAGGUGAAAUUGUAUGUGAAACAACUUCAUUUAGCAUUUUGGACCUUUCUCAUAACUUUCUUUCGGGAUCUUUACCUUCGUGGUCAAGCAAUGCUUUACAAUAUUUAAAUUUGAAAGAGAAUAAAUUUUCAGGAUCAGUACCAGAAGCUUUUCUCAAUAUUUCAAUGAUUGUGACAUUAGAUAUCAGUGACAAUAAGUUGUCAGGAAUCAUUCCAAGUGCAAUCGGUAAACUUUCCUACUUAAGAAUUUUGUUGCUGAGAGGAAAUCGUUUGAAUGGCACCAUUCCAACUCAGUUAUGCAAACUGAUCAAUAUAAGCUUAAUGGAUCUCUCUAGAAACUUCUUUUCUGGGACAUUACCUCACUGUUUUCGACACAUUGUCUCUAACGAGACUCUGUAUUUUGGUGAUUUUUUCUCAAGAGAUGUGGAGCCCUUCACUUCCAGACCUAAGGGUGUCUACGAUGGUGUACGUUUUGAACGUCACAAAAAAGACAUUGAAGUUAACUUUGUUACUAAAUAUAGACUUAGCUCUUACAAAGGUAGCAUUCUUCUUCACAUGUCUGGUUUAGAUUUUUCUUGUAACAACCUAACAGGUGUAAUCCCACCUGAACUUGGACAGUUACAAGGAAUUCGUGCACUAAACUUGUCUCACAAUCAGUUCACGGGUUCCAUUCCGGAAACAUUCUCCAACUUGGCUGUACUAGAGAGCUUGGAUAUUUCUCAUAAUAAGUUGAGCGGAGGUAUCCCUCCACAAUUGAUUAAGCUUACCUUUUUGGCGGUGUUCAGUGUGGCUUAUAACAAUUUAUUAGGUAAGACCCUAGAUAUGAAAGCCCAAUUUGGAACUUUUAGUGCAAGAAGCUAUGAAGGAAAUCCACUUUUGUGUGGACUACCAUUGGUGAAAAACUGCACCAAUAGAGACAAUCCAUCUCCAACGCCAACACAAUCCUCAGAUGCAAGUGAUGAGAAAUGGUAUGAAGUAGAUCAAGCAGUCUUCUUCACUAGCUUUUCGGUGACUUACAUCAUGUUCUUCCUGGGAGUUAUUACUGUUCUUUAUAUCAACCCUUAUUGGCGACUGUGGUGCUUCAAUUUGGUUGAGGAUUUCAUACUUGGCAAGCUGAGUAACAUGCACCUUCUCAGUGUUCCACAUGAGCCAGAGGCCACCAGCAUAGCCUAUUGUGUCCAUAUGAAUCGCUCCAUCAAAAGGGAGCUUGUCCGUAAUUUCCUUAGCUCUCUCACUGCCAACAUUUCAUCUUUGAUAGCUAAUCAGUCUAGAGUACUUGAUCUCUCUAAUAAUAUGUUGAAAGGACGGUUGCCUAGUUGGUUGUUUGAAAACAAUAUGAAGCUAGAAUAUGUCACUCUUAACGAUAAUUCUUUCUCGGGUCAUGUUCAUUUGCUGCUCUGUCUUAACACUUAUUGGAUGGAUAUGUCAAACAAUCAGCUCAUUGGAAAGCUUCAAGAAAAUAUUGGGGAGAUCCUACCAAACAUAUUUCAUCUAAAGUUAUCCAAUAAUUCUUUCACAGGCUCUCUCCCAUCCUCAAGUGGUAAUAUGAGUCUCUUGGGCACAUUCGAUGUGUCCUUAAACAACUUCUCUGGGCAGGUACCAAAGGAAUUACUUGCAGGUUGCUUGAGACUAUCAUCCUUGGUAUUAUCCAAUAAUAAUUUUAGUGGUCAUUUUGAUUGGUUAUCUUUGAUUAACUUAACGGAGCUAUUUCUUUUGAAAAUAAAUCAUAAUCAAUUCUCCGGAGCAAUGUCAAAUGAAUUACCCAAUUGGGUGUUUCUUGCUUUAUUGGAUGUAAGCAACAACAAUAUGUCCGGAUCAAUACCAAAUGAAUUUUUCAAUAUUUCAGAGCUUUUGCUGACAUUGGAUGUCAGUGGCAAUAGGUUGUCAGGCAGUAUUCCUAGAGCAAUCGCUAAUGCCGCUUCUAGCUUAAGAAUUUUGUCACGCAGAGGAAAUUGUCUGAGUGGCACUUUUCCAACUCAGUUGUGUCAACUUACACAAAUGAGCAUAAUGGAUCUGUCUAGAAACUUCUUUUUUGGGACAAUACCUCAUUGCUUUCAAUAUUUAGUCACUGCUUUCACUCCUUUUGAUUUAGCUUUUUCAACACAAACUGGUGGUAGUGAUAAUGGACAAUUGGAACAACGCUGGGUCCUAAGUUACCAAUGA